CCGCCGCCGCCGCCGCCGCCGCCUCCGUCAUGCCGAAACACGAGUUCUCUGUUGACAUGACGUGCGGAGGCUGUGCCGAUGCUGUUUCUCGAGUUCUGAGCAAGCUGGGAGGAGUGGAGUUUAACAUUGACCUACCCAACAAGAAGGUUAGCAUUGACUCCGAGCACAGUGCAGACACGCUGCUGGCGACUCUGAACAAAACAGGAAAGGCUGUGUCCUAUCUCGGUCCCAAGUAGCUCAACCAUGGAUCUUGGCCUGCAGGUUGGGCUACGGCGGGCAGGCUGCUUGAUGGAGCAUCCAGACAGAUCUGGGAUGGGCCGUGCCACUCAGCCACGGAGCUCCUACAGACGCCCCAUUGCCUGCGCCCAAUCAAGUCUACAAUAAAGUCAAACUGCUUUUGCUGAA